ACUUCAAGUUCAACUCCAAAUAAAACGCAGCCAGCCACUGUCAGUCAAAAAAUAAGAAAAGAAAGAAAAUAAAAUACCAAAAGGAAAGUAAAGUCACGAAGUCAGAGGUUCACACAUGACGCCCACAUGUAUAAAAAUCCCCACUCAUGUGAUUCCCCACUCCCCCACUUUGAAACCCAAAGCAGCUUCUGCAGCGCGCAGCCGUUACCAAAAAAGACGAGAUGAAGUCCAUCUCAAUUUCCGCAAUCCAACGGCCACGAUCUCUCCCUCCCCUUCUCCGUUCCCAAUCCUCGCGACGCCUCUGAUCAUGUUAGCCGCCGCCUCCUCCUCAACCACAUGGCUCCGAGCUCGCCGAAGCCGCUACCUCGUCCUCCUCCUCUGCUCUCCGGUUCUCAUCCCCUUUCUCUGCGCCACUUUCCCUUUCCUCUGCGCCGCCGAGCUCUGCCGCCGCCGCCGUAUAAAGACGGCUCACGGCACAGACGAGGAGGAGGAGGAGCGGCUGCGGCGAUGCGAAGAAGGACGCGGCGGCGAGAGAGAAGAGAUGGGGCUGCUGCAGAGGUAUUUGGAGGAUCAGUUGCUGCUCGUUGGAUCUGUGUAUGAUUGUGGGGAUGAUGAUGUUGAUGAUGUUGAUGAUCGUUUGUACCAUGAGAUUCAUGACUAUGAUAAUGAUUCCAAAACUACUCCUCUUUUGGCUUGAUUGAUUGCUUCUUUGCAUUUUCCUUUUUUCUUUUCUUUUUUGUUAGCUUGUAGAUCAUCCAUUUUUAUUUAUUUUUCUUUUGGUGAAAUUUGUUUGUGAAGUUUUUUUUGUUGAGAAUUUUUGGAAUUGUGAAUAUGAAAUAGUUGUGUGCGUCUUUGCCU